AUGCAUAACAAAUUCGUUAAAAUUUGCUUAAACGAUUUCUCUCGAAGAUUUAGUACUCUGAGUGCACACUCAGCUCAUAGACCAGUACUUACAGUGCAAGCAAAAAUACUCUCUAAAAACACAUUCCUAGCUAGAAAUCUUUACAGUAGUUCAAUCAUGAAUAACAAAAUUCUGAAUGGAAACCUGUGGGACACUGAUCCUGAAUUGUUUGAUAUUAUAAAACAAGAAAAAGUACGCCAAAUAAGUGGAUUAGAAAUGAUAGCUUCAGAAAACUUUACAUCACUUUCAGUUCUGCAAUGCCUUAGUUCUUGUCUACAUAAUAAAUACUCAGAAGGCAUGCCACAUCAAAGGUACUAUGGUGGCAAUGAAUAUAUAGAUGAAAUUGAAAUUUUGGCUCAAAAAAGGUCACUGGAAGCAUAUAAGCUUAACCCUGAGGAAUGGGGUGUGAAUGUCCAACCAUAUUCAGGAUCACCAGCAAAUUUUGCUGUAUACACAGCACUUGUAGAACCUCAUGGCCGGAUCAUGGGCUUAGAUUUGCCAGAUGGUGGUCAUCUUACCCAUGGCUUCUUUACUGCUACUAAGAAAAUAUCAGCUACCUCUAUUUUUUUUGAAAGCAUGCCCUAUAAGGUUGACCCAAAAACAGGUUUAAUAGACUAUGAUAAACUGGCAGAAACAGCCAAGUUGUUUAAACCCCGUUUAAUAAUAGCAGGCAUGAGUUGCUAUUCACGCUGCUUUGACUACCAGCGCUUCCGCCAGAUCGCGGAUGAAAAUGGUUCUAUUUUGAUGGCAGAUAUGGCUCAUGUAUCUGGACUUAUUGCUGCAGGUAUAAUUCCGAGUCCAUUUAAGUACUGCGAUAUAGUGACAACGACCACGCACAAAACCUUGCGAGGACCUCGCGCUGGUGUUAUUUUCUUCCGUAAAGGACUGAAAACAGUAAAUGCAAAGGGAGAAAAGAUAAUGUACGACUUUGAAUCUAAGAUUAAUCAAGCAGUGUUCCCUGGGCUUCAGGGCGGGCCUCACAACCACGCGAUCGCAGCCAUAGCCACCGCUAUGAAGCAAGCCACAACACCGGAAUUUGUGGAAUAUCAAAAACAAGUGAUAAAGAACGCUCAAAAGCUCUGCGAAUGUCUAAAAGCGCGCGGUUACAACAUCUCCACCGGCGGCACGGACGUGCACCUGCUGUUGAUGGACGUGCGCAACGUGGGCCUGAGCGGGGCGCGCGCCGAGCGCAUACUGGAGCUUGUCAGCAUUGCUACUAAUAAAAAUACUGUGCCUGGAGAUAAGAGUGCUCUUAAUCCUAGUGGCAUACGGCUAGGUACUCCUGCUUUAACUACAAGAGGCUUAAAGGAAGAUGAUAUUGUCAGAGUUGCUGACUAUAUUGACAAAGCUCUUAAACUGGGCAAAGAAGUCACGGAUUUAUCUGGUCCAAAAUUGGUAGAUUUUAACAAAGUAAUUGAGGAAAAUACUGAUAUCAAAGCUAAAGUUAGCGCUCUCAAAGAAGAAAUUGAAAAAUACAGCCAAACGUUCCCUCUACCAGGAUAUGAAAUAUAU